AUGCUAGCUUUUGAAAAUAGCUCAAAACGGCCAGCACCACAGGAUAUUGUUGAAAAUAUGAAUUUAACAAAGAAACAUAAGGUUGAAUUCUCAGAUCAAGUAACAAUGUUCCCUUCAUCUGAUUCCGAUGAGAAUGGAAUUAAAAAGUCAAGCAUUAAAGUUAAAAUUAACAAUAAUGAUUCAAAUCAAACAACUUUGGGCGAUGAGAAAUUUGCUUUAGAUAUGUAUAAGAGAGUUGUUAAAUCAGCACUUGAUGAUCUUGAUAAGAAUGACCCAACUCAAAUAAAUUUAAUAUCUUCACAAAUUAAUCUAUCAGCUAAGGAUUCAGAUAGGAUAAGUGAAUCAAAUUUGAGUAUAUUAUUGGAAGUUUUGUCCAAUAAUAUUACCAAAUUAGAUACAUCCAAAGCUAAUACAAUUAUUCAGUCGAUCAUAACUUUAGAAAAAUGGUGGGAAUUACCCACUGCGAUUCUAAGUAAAUAUAUAUAUUUUAUUAGGAUUUUAUGUUCGAGUAUACCAAAAUGGUGGCAAGAUAUAUCGAUGAAUCUGAUAUCGAAUUUCAUACUGCCUAAUUCCAGUACAAGCCAUCAUCACGAUUUAUUAAAGUAUUUCUUAAAUGUGAUUCCAUCAUCAAUGAAUUACAUUGAUUCAUAUCUAUCAAAAUUUUUCCCCAAUAAAAAUGAUACACGUAAAAAAUUAGUAAAUUAUAUUUCAAAUAUCUUAACAUUAACCAGCUAUUGUAAAGAGUUACGAUUUCAAACAUGGUCAUUACUAAUCGAACGUAUAAUUUCUAUUGAUGUGGAACUUCAAAAUGAAUUAGAUGAACUGGAUGAUGAUGAUGAAUUCGCAGAAGACGACGCAGAAGAAGAAGACAAUGACGAUGAUGACGACGACGAAAAAGACGACGACGACGAUGAUAUGGAGGAAGAAAAUGACGAAGAAGAAUCAAAUAUGAAUGAAGAAGCUAAUUCUAUAGCUAUUAUGACAAACACCCCUGUUGACUUAGAUGGAGAUGAAGAAUAUGAUGUUGAACUAUCACAGAAUAUUAAAGAACUAUCGAAUAAAUUAGAUUCAAUUUUAACAUUAAUUAGUACAAGAUUAGGCGAAGAGUUGAAACCAGAAAAUUUGGAAAACGGUGAAGGUGUGAGUAUCUUCAACACAUUAACCACUUUAUUUAAGACACAUGUUCUUUCUACCUACUAUACUAAAUCCAUUCAAUAUAUUAUGUUCCAUAUUUCUCAAUUACAAAGCGAAUUAAUGGAUUCAUUUCUUGUUUCAUUAAUUGAUAUAUCAUUCUCACCCAAUGAAACCUCUGAAAAGAAAGUCAAAGCAUUACAAUAUUUAGGUUCAUAUAUUGCUCGAGCUAAGAAACUUUCUCGUACACAGAUUAUAUUCGUGGCAAGCUAUCUAACCUCCUGGUUAAAUAGAUUCGUAUUAGAGCGAGAAUACGAAGUUGAUAUGAUUGCUAAUGGUGAUGGAAGUGGGGGAGGAAUGGAUAGAUUCAAACACUUCUACGCAGUAUUUCAGUCGUUAUGUUAUAUGUUCUGCUUUAGACAUGAAUUAUUUAAAGAUCAAGUUACUGGGCAAUGGGAAUGUGAAUUGGAUAAAUUCUUCCAAAGACUCAUUGUCUCUAAAUUCAAUCCAUUGAAAUAUUGUAACGAGAAUGUCAUGUUGAUGUUUGCUCGUAUUACGCAGCACGAAGGGAUUGCUUAUUGUUUUAGUAUAAUUGAGAAUAACAGUAAUGAAAGACUAAGAGGUAUACUUGGUAAACCACUAGAUAAUACUGAUGGCAAAAGUGCCACUAAUAACACUACAGUGGUAGGCACUACUUGGUCGAUUGUAACAAGACAACAGUUCAUUGAUUUACAAAGCUAUUUCCCAUACGAUCCACUCUUUUUAAAGAAUUACAAAAAUUUCAUGAAACAAUAUUACAUUGAAUGGAGUGAAGUUAGUGGAGAUUAUGAGUCUGAUGAAUCUGACGAAUAG